AUGGUUACCAAAAGUAAAUUGAAGAUGGCGCUUGCAGCCGAUAAGAAAAUCGAUUUCCAAAAACAGCAUCAAAAGAAACAGGCCAAACUUGCGAGAAAGGGAAAGCCUGCGAAGGUUGAGGAGAAGAGCUCGAAGAAGGGAAAGGUUGAACAGGAAUGGGAAGAUGUUGAGGAAGGAAGUGAUGAGGAAGAGGAUGAUGCUGAAGAGGGUGAUAGUGAAGAAGAUGAGGAAGAGGAGGAAGGAAAUGGUCCUACUGAAAUUGACUUCGCAGCAAUCGACGAAAGUGAUAGUGAUUCUUCUCUUGGUGGAGAUGACGAUGAAGAAGAGGAUGACGAAGACGAAGAUGAUGAAGAUAUCCCCAUGUCCGACCUUGAAGAUCUUGAAGAUGAAGAAAGAGAAGAUAUGAUCCCUCAUCAACGUCUUACCAUAAACAAUACAAUUGCUCUCACCGCAGCUCUCAAACGAAUCGCCCUUCCAGUCGCCAAUCUCCCAUUCUCAGAACAUCAAUCUAUUACGUCUGCUAAACCUACGGAAAUCGAAGAUGUCUCUGAUGAUUUGAAGCGCGAAUUGGCGUUCUAUUCUCAGUCACUCGAGGCUGUUAAAUCUGCGCGAUUGCUCCUAAAAGCAGAAGGUGUUUCAUUUACUAGACCUACCGAUUAUUUCGCGGAAAUGGUAAAGGCCGAUGAACAUAUGGAGAAGAUUAAGAGAAAGUUGAUCGAUGAAGCUGCUGGAAAGAAGGCAUCUGCAGAUGCAAGGAAACAGAGAGAUUUGAAGAAAUUCGGAAAGCAAGUUCAAGUCGCCAAAUUACAAGAGAGAGAUAAAGAAAGGAAGCAAACAUUGGAUAAAAUUAAGACUUUGAAGAGAAAACGUCAAGGUGCCGACAAUGAAAAUACAAAUGAAGCAGAUCUCUUUGAUGUUGCUCUCGAAGAAGAAACCAAACCUACUGGCGGUCAAAAUGAUCGCAAGGGAGGACCAAACAAGAGACAGAAGAAAGACGAGAAAUUCGGACAUGGUGGUAAGAAGAGAUUUAAGAAGAGUGGUGAUGCCAUGAGUAGUGGGGAUUUGUCUGGAUUCUCAGUCAAGAAGAUGAAAGGAGGUGGUGCUAAGGGUGGUGCCAAAUCUCGACCUGGAAAGGCUAGGAGAGCAGGUGGAAAGAAAUAG